GCAGCCGGGCAGCAGUCUGCGCACGACCAUCGAUCGAGCCGGACGUAUAGUCAUGUCUCUCUAGCUCUCGCACUCUGCCCGCACACACUACUCCUCUGCUACGCCCGGUAUCAGUGACUUCCGGUACAGGAGCGCUGCUUUGUUUUUUCUCUCCCCGGAACGCUUCGCGCACCGAGUUUACUUGUACCUAUACUGAUUAGAGCUCGCGCACGCGGUGUCUUCUCCUCGGCGGUAAUUCGGUGGUGCGUAGGAACGCGCAGAGGCGCAUCAGUGCAUUGUUAUUUUCCUCGCUGUACACUGCUGACACAGGCUGCUGCUGCUGCUGCUGGUUUUUGUGUGAACGAGGUGACCUGCGGAAGGAGCUUUUCUCGCUGCGCGCACACCCAAUGGCCAUGUCAUCGAGGACCUUUGAUCAUUAGGGCGCUGCUGCCGGCGCAGUCAGGAUGUUCAAGCGACUGACGAAGGCCAGGCGCCACAGCGCCGACGAGAUCGGCGGCGUGCUGCAGCCGAAGCCUCUGACACUGGAGGAACCACCGCCGCCGCAGCAUCAGCCAGGCCGCAAGAAUUCCGAGGGUCAAAUUCAAUCGGCGGCUUACGCUUUCGCAUCGAGGGCCAAGUUUUCGCGGAAGAGCUGCGGCGACGCGUACUCGCUGCUCGCUUCGGAGGAGGACGGACCGACGCCCGCGAUGCGACAGCAGGAGAGCGGGGAUUACCGCGUGGUCACUGCCGUGCCCGCCUUCAUCGUCGAACACGAACCUGAGAAACAGAAAGGCUUAGGAGUCUGGGGACUGCGAAGGAUGAGCAAAAAGAUCGACUCGUUUCGGCGCUCCAGCUCGCGGGAGACGAUCUGCACGAUUCCCGAGCGCCCCGACAGCAACCACAACCUCAACAACAAAAACAACAACAACAACAACAACAACAACGUGGACAGCGCGAACCACAACGUCCGCGACCUGAAGCUGUCCGAGAAGAAGCCGGCGACGGAGCGGAGGUUCUUCCAGAACUCGACCAGGUCGCCCUCGCCCUUCAAGUCCUUCUUCAUCCGCAUGGGCUCGACGGGUAUGCUCAACUCGUCCUCCAAGAGCGGCCGGCGCUCGUCCCAGAACCUCGAGGACAAGCUCAAUCGCACGCCCGAAAAGGAGAACCUGUUCAGGAGCUGCAGCACCAGCCAGCUCAACACCAGUCCGACCUACGUCAGGGGGGACGACCCGUCGGAGGGCAUCGACCUGCGGAUAACCGCGAAGAAAGAGCACGGCAAGACCGUCUCCUGCGACAACCUCAGCGGCCGUCCCUGCACCGAGGACGACGUCUUCGAGGAGAGCACCAGGUCGUCCACUGUCGGCACCGCUACCUCCUCGUCGUCGUUCAUCCCCUGCGACUUCGCCGAGCCCGGCAGGGCCGAGUUCAUGAAGAAGUCCAGUAGCUGCGACUUUAAAGAAGCCAAGAAGACCAACUUCCCCUACGCCUUCCUCAGGUCCAGGCUGUCUGUCCUGCCAGAGGAGAAGAACUACGUAAACGGCGUGCCGACGACGAACGGCAAGGAGGACCGGCUGCUCUUCAAGACCACCUCGGAGGAGCACUUCCCGGCGAUGAAGAUCGAGGAGUCGUUCGAGGGCACGACGACGCUCGGCAGGAGGCGGACCUCCAAGAACGGCUACCCCGGCAGGGAAUCGCUGCGCUACAGGAUGCAGGACCCGAGCAACAGGUACGCCCGGAACUCCUACUCCGAGUUCAAGGAGGAGCAGCUGCAGGACCACAGCAGGUACUUCGGCCCUGUAAACCUCGCGAUGAUGCACAACAGCGGCCUCGAGGAGAACCACCGGAACUCGAUAUCGCUGCCGUACCAGGGCAGCGGCUGCCAGGACAUGACGGACAUCGCCUCCUCCCUCAACCUCGAUCUCAGCUACGAGUCCAGCUCCACGACGACCACGACGACGACGACGUCCAACAACGCGGCACUGCUCAGGAAUCACCGAAGGAACUCGGCGCCCAGCGGCGAGCAGAGGCUGUCCUCGCACUACGUCAGCUCGAACGAGUCGGGCUACGACAGCGACGGUCCCCGGGGAGAGUCCGCGGCCUCGGAGGCCGAGGCUCUGAGCCUCAAGUGCACCGACAGCUCGGACACGAGCAGCGUCGUCGACUCGGAGCUGGAGAAGCCCAUGCGCAGCUCGACGCCUAGCGAGUGCCAGGAGCAGCAGCAGCAGCAGGACAUCGUCAAGUACCUGGACGAGCGGAUCGAGACGUCGGACCUGAGGUGGCACCAGCAGAGCGCUUCCGGUAGGCUGCUGCCCAGCAUCCACCAGACAAACUCGUCGCCCUCGAGUUCGCCCUCCUCCUCUUCCUCCUCGUCCUCCAACUCGAUGUGCAAUAACGCCGUGGAGGCGCUUGGAAUCCAAGCCUCGGCUCACCGCGUCAGGUUACAGCAGGACAAGACGAGGUUUCUCAGCGACAUCAUCCAGCCGCCCAAGAGAAUACGGAGGUGUCGGCUGGUUCAACUGAGUAAGGCAGAUCCGAAGGAGAGCUUGGGCAUUCGACUGGCCCAGCAGCGAGUCGGCGAGAUCCGAUACGUCAUCGUUCAGCUGGAAACCGACGGCAUCGCGCACAGGGACGGCCGACUGAGGCUGGGCGACGAGAUAGUCGAAGUGGAGGGCAAGGAUCUCCGUAGCCUCGACAGCCUCGAGGAGGUCCAGGACUUCCUUCGCUCGUGCGAGGGUACCAAGGUCCGUCUGAAGACCGCCUACGAGGAGACCAUGCCACAGAUCUUCCUCGGCUCCAACGAGACCGACUACCUCGAGAACGCGCGCAACCUCUCGAGCCUGAGUCUCGUGGAGAAGUCGCUCCAGGAGGUCGGCGUCGGCAAGAAGCGACCGGACUACCUCGCUCUGGAGCCGAACACCCCGACGACGACGACGACGACGACGAGCCACCACCACCACCAGUACACGACCAGGCACGUGGCGAGGUUCGAGAAGGGCCUGGGAAAGCCGAGCCUGGGCUUCAGCGUCGUCGGCGGUAAGGACAGUCCGCGCGGCGACAUGGGCAUCUUCGUGAGAAGGGUCUUCCCUGGCGGUCAGGCCGACGUCUCCAAGGCUCUCUUUCAAGGUGACGAGAUACUGACUCUCAAUGGGAAAGUUCUCAAAGGAUGCACGCAUCAGGAGGUCAUCGAAUUGUUUAAAGCCGUGAGGGAGGGUCCUGUUGAGCUAGAACUCGUGAGAAGACACAGGUAUCAAAAAGUCCCUCUGCAGACGGCGCCGUACUAGAGACCGCAAACUCAUGGAGAAGACAAAGAAUAUACUGCCACCCGUGCCUGCUUUACAGUUUUUAGAAAUUAUACUAUUACGAGGACUCUAUCGACGAUUCGAGAAGCAUCAAACGAAUUCUUAGAUUCUAGUCUCUGUUUCUCAUUGUUCUACGAAUUAUUAUUUUUCCCUCGUUGUUUUAUUACGUACUUUAUUAUUAUGCGUUUUAUAUAAUUUAUUGAUUGUUCGGCGCUGCUACCAGCGCAACAAGCUACCUAUUAAUUGUACCAUAAGAAAUCUAGAAAUGAUCGAAUAAUCGAUUUUUAUGAAUUGUACAUCGAUAGAAUUUUAUAUGUGUAUAUGCUGACGUAUCGCCUUGUUAUUGUACAUUCACAACGCGACUAAGAUUUUUUUUAAAUUACUUUUAAGUGUCUCUUUGAUAGCUCAGCGAUCUUUGAAGAUUUGUAUGAACAUAAAGAGUUUAAUUGACUACGUUUUUCGAUUGCAAGAGAAAGAGAUUUAACUGUAAGACUUUUUUUAUUGAAACAAGUAAUCGUCUGCGUAGUUCGAAGAUACAAGAAGAACCUAGUUCUUACAUUGUAACAUUAAGUUAUUGUAAUAUAAAUCUUUUUUUAUAUAGUUACAUAGAUUUUUCAAUUAAAUAAUAUAUUUAUUCUUCAACAAUUUUACAAUUUACAAUAUUUACAUUAAAGUAAUAUCUGAUAUCUAUAGCAAUGUACAGAUUCCAUUCGUCACGUGUCGGCCAUCAGCAGAUCGGCGCAAGAUUUGGCUUUUAACGCUCUGAAACAGACGAUAAACAUAUUAGUGUUUGUGCAUUAGAGAGAAAAGCGAUCAUUCCAAAAUUUCGUUAACGCUUGUAAUUUAUACUCACUGCGUAUCUCGAUUUCGAACUCGCCUACAGAGAUGCAAUGCGAUGGGCCCGUUUUUGAUGUUUCUGAACAGCUGGACGGCUUCGCGGUGCGUCAGAUCGUGACAUAUCUGCCCGUUGAGCGCCAGAAUUUCGUCUCCCGCGCGCAAUCGGCCAUCUUCGGCGGCUUGGCCGGUAGGCAGUACCGAUUUCACGAAGAUGCCUGUGAACAGUCAAGCGAAAUUCUGGUCAAGCCAAGCACACAAACACACACACAAACACACAAACACACACACACACACACACAGAGGAUCUCGAACGAAACUUUGUAAAUAUGUUGACUAUAUAUUGAACGUUGAUUAAAAUGAGCAUUUAUUUAAAACGGCGGAAAAGUGCGGUCUAUUUAUUGAAAUUAUGCCAAAAUAGAGUAUAUUGUAUAUUAUAUAGAGAGAAAGAGAGACGUACUAUCAUAUGGUUAGCGCGACAGAAAUUUUAUGUACAUAAUUUACUGCCAAUUUUAUAGGAGCAUAUCCGUACGUUAUCUUCCGAAAAUUUGUUGACGCCACGAUUGUAAUACGUUAUAUUGUGUGGACACGAUAAACCGUUGCUUGAAGCAAUUCAUUAUCACGAAAGAUGAAAACUAAAAAAAAAACUAUCGAUCGAUUAUAUACCGUUCGCCACGAUGUAGAGCAUUCGAAACUAAAGAUCUAUUUUUCCAACAAGCAGAGAUUUAAUAUUUUGUUCUCCCAUGUAUAUCAGUUUAUGAAACUAUGUUACUGAGAAGCGAAAAGUAUACCAGCAAUAAUAAAUCUAUACCGAUAAUAAGCUAAAAA